AUGGCGGAGGUUUGGAGUAAAUUGGAGAAUGUGGGGGGGCCAACUUCACACCCGUACGGGAUCCAGCACCACCCAGUAGCUGUACGACACCCACGUGCCAACGGGCAAGUAGAGCGAGCUAACUCCACUAUGCUAGCAGCAAUAUCGACUAGAAUUAAAACCGAAGCAACCUGGGAUAAACAGCUGGCUGAACUAGAGUUGGUGCUGAACACUUCAAUAAACCAGACUAUUGGAGUUAGGCCCUUUUAUGCAUUAUAUGGAUUUGAUGCAGUGAUUCGAGAUGGCCUACUGGACACACUCACUACAUUAACCCCCGCAUACCAACAACCGGCAGAAAUUCAGCAACAGAUACGCCAAAACAUAGCAGAAAAGCAGGCCCAGUGGAAGGCUUGGCAUGAUCAACACCGAAAAAACCAAAUCUAA